AUGGCGGCGGCCGCGGCGUGCGGGUCCCCCGCCGGCCGGCCGUCCCGGGAGCAGCCCCCGCCGCGGAAGCGGGGCGACUCCCGGCGCAGGCAGGCCGCCCUCUACUUCCUCAACAACAUCUCCCUCGACGGGCGCCCCCCCGGCCUGGCCCCGCAGAAGCCGCCGCCCCCCUCGGCCCCGGCGGCGGCGGGGGAGGAGGCGGCAGAGCCGGCCGGAGCCCUCACCCGGCUCCUUCCCGCCCCGCUGCCCGCCGGCGGGCCCCCCCCGGCCCACGCCGUGGGGGCCAAGGGCGAGGCGGAGCCGGCCCGGCUGGCCGCCUUCCUGCCCCCGCUGCUCCUGGGCGGCCAGGUCGGGCCCCCGCCCCCCACGCCGCCCGCCCUGCCGGGCCCCCCGGGGCUGCUCAGCCCCACGCAGCUCGUCCCAGGAGGGGGCGGCGGCGGAUUCACGCUGGAGGUGCAGCGGCAAAGAACUAAGCACAUAUCUGGAUCGCCAAGACACAAAAGCUUGAAGAAGAUGCACUUCAUCAAGAAUAUGAGACAAUAUGAUACAAAGAAUAGCAGGAUAGUAUUAAUCUGUGCUAAACGAACCUUAUGUGUGGCUUUUUCUAUCCUGCCGUAUGGGGAGAGCUUACGAAUCAGUGAUCUAAAAAUGGAAGGGCAGAAACAGCGACAUCCUUCUGGUGGUGUUUCAGUCUCUUCAGAGAUGGUUCUUGGAUUGGAAGGAGUGGAGCUUGGAGCUGAUGGCAAGGUUGUGUCCUAUGCAAAGUUCUUGUAUCCAACCAAUGCCCUUGUUGGCCGCAAAAUUGAUAAUCAUGGUGCUGUUCCUUCAUGUCGAUUCAGUGCUUCACGGAGCCUUACGGGGUCAAGACAUAAAACUGUAACCACUAAAACAAUACCACCAGGAACAGAAAUAGGAAACGAAGUUGGUGAGUCAUCAGAGUAUAAUCCGAAUCUCCUGGAUGAUCCUCAAUGGCCUUGUGGGAAACACAAGCGUGUUCUCAUCUUUGCAUCUUACAUGACCACAGUAAUCGAAUAUGUGAAACCCUCAGACCUUAAAAAGGAUAUGAAUGAAACUUUUAAAGAGAAGUUUCCUCACAUCAAGCUAACGCUGAGCAAAAUUAGAAGCUUAAAAAGAGAGAUGUGGAACCUGAGUGAAGAGUGCAAUCUAGAGCCAGUUACUGUGUCAAUGGCAUAUGUUUACUUCGAGAAGCUUGUUCUCCAAGGCAAGCUCAACAAACAGAACCGCAAACUGUGCGCUGGUGCUUGUGUGCUUCUUGCAGCCAAGAUCAGCAGUGAUCUCAGGAAACAUGAAGUUAAACACCUUAUUGAUAAACUAGAAGAAAGAUUCAGAUUCAACAGACGAGAUCUCAUUGGAUUUGAAUUUACAGUGCUUGUAGCUUUGGAGCUGGUCCUCUACCUUCCUGAAAACCAAGUUUUACCUCAUUAUAGACGUCUCACACAGCAAGCCUGACCAAAGCUACAUUCCAGCUGCUCACCAGUGGCUCUGGGGAUUAACAGCAUUACUGAACAUUUUGCUCCUGAAUUUGACACUUGCCACUGACCUUCUCUGUCACAAUGUGCAUCAGCUCAUGCCUACAGCUAGUUUGAAGACUGCAGCAUGAUUUUUAAACAGUCAAGAUGUACAUUAACGAUACAGGUACCAAGUCUGUAUCAGGAGAUGGUACAGAAAGGGUUGUCUUGAACUUUAUUUUCCUUUGGACAUUAAAGCACAAAUGAUUCACAAACUAGCUGCCUUUGUGGCUGCUGGUUAUUCUGUAUUUUCCUUUUCAAUUUUACUAGGAAAUGGUCAGUUCUUCCCUACAAAGGAUGCUACGCUAUUGUUCUCUUAGAUUGCUUCGACCUUUAUUUUCUUCCUUGAAACUAAAGGGAGCAACACUUCCAUUCAAAGAAAUCAUAAACUUCAAAUAGUGUAUCUGAGAAUUUUCUUGCAUUUUUACAUUAAUAAAAUGCAUACUUUAUUUUUUUAAAGAUGUGCCUAAAAUUGACUGGUCUGGUACCAGUACUUUUCAAGUUACUUACGUUGCAUAAUAGUGAAUCCUGAAUUUAAAUAGCAAUGUAUCCUUUACCUGCAUUUGCCUUGCAUAUAGUGAAAACAAUUCCAGUAUAUCUGCACUAAUAUUACAGAGGGGAUUUGUAUUAUAGAUCUAUAGGUAGCAAGUCUGAAACUAUUCUAGUUCAACUUCUUUAACUAUUAAUAUGUGAAUAAAGGUUUUAUUUUAAAAAAGGAAAGAGAUUGGAAAUCUGUCAUGAAAUAUCACUUGUUGAACACAUUAGCUGCAGCAAAGCAGCUUGGAGUUCAUUCUUGUAGUUCAUUGUUCAAUUGGAGAUAAGAAAUUGACUUACAGGUGAGAGGAAAUCACCAUAUUAUCGUUUAUAAUUUUGAUUUAUGCCACUGUUUACUAUAGUCUGAAACUAAGCACCUUUUUAAACAUGACCAUGUCUAUCAUGAGUGAUCUUUCUCUGCUCUGUACACAAGUGUUUCAGCCAGUACUGCUAUCACUUCCAAACCAAGCCAAUGAAACAAAGUAUGUCCAGUUGUUAAAUUGUUACUUUUUACUCAGUUCUUCCACACAUUGUGCCACUGUGAUGGGCCUUAUGAAACUGGCAUUUGUUGCACAUUUGUUUGAUCAGCCAUUCAGUUAGAGGUUAAUGUUCAGCAGCACUCUGUUUAUGCAAGGGUUAAAUAACUUCUUCCACUGUUGCCCAGACAUUUGGUUUAAACAAUUCUGAAACAUGUUGUACCUUUAGCGAUACAGUUAGUUGCUCUUGGGGUUUUUUUCUAAGCAAUAUUAUGAUACAAAUAAAUGUUUGCGUAUGUGUUUGCAAGGGACAAAAAUAAUACACAAUUUCUCAAUGUCCAAGUAUUUGUUUGUGACUAACUUAGAUACUAGAUCUCUUCCUGAGGUAAAAAGGCUACCUGGUCUCUGAUACAUGGAGUACUGUAAAUUUCAACUCCUUUGUUCACCACCUGCGUUUGUGGUGGCCACUAAAUAAGAACAAACAUAAAACUGAAGUCUUGCUAUUCAACUACAUUUUACCUAAGUCCAGUUUGACUUCAGUGAAACUGAAGCAAACUUAGUAGAGCCUUUCUUUUUAAGCAGCACUUGAAAGGUAUUUUAUACAUCUAACUUCAGUAAUACUACUCAAGUCCUAAACCUAGUAGCUCUAUUUAACAACUUGAGUGCAAGUAAAUAUGCACCUUCUCGUCAAUGCGCAGGACAUGAAUUUUAGAAAGCUGCUUCUCUGUAAAGUUUAACAUGCAUGAUAAUUUCUUAAUCUGGGAGAAUUUUACAAACUUUCUAAAUUGGAAGAUAGCUAACAUCCAACUUGCCAACUGAAUUUAUUUUCCAAAAGAAAGGUUAGAAAAUUGUCGGUUGUUUGCUAAAGUUCUAUACUGAAUAAUUAGUGCCAGUUUUAUAAGUUCUAUUUUACUAAAGUAUUAGACUAACACUUGUGGGUUGCCAACUUACUUUUUUUUUUUUAAUUAAUGCAGUGCACUCAAUUUAUAAUGGACCAUUAUCUGCUACAGCUUUCUCCAAAUCAGUCAAUACCUUUUCUUUAUCUAAAUAUUGACAAACUUAAUAUGGAACUUUAGUGUUUGGGGAAGUGGUAAAAGUAAAACUUCUCACAGUUUUUGUCCAAAAAAUGUAAGAUCAUUUGUCAUGUUACUAUAAAUGUCUAAAACUGUAGUGCUCCAAGUCAACUUGUGCUCCUGCUGUUAAUUAUAGGAGUUAAAUUGCUUUAAACUAAUAUGUAACGGAGAAAAGAUGCUCUGACUGAAAUGUAAACCUUAAAGUCUAAUCCUGCAAUCCUUCAUCAGACAUGGACUGCAAUGGAAGCUGUGCCUGAGUAAGGAUGCAGGUUGUUGCUUCAGUGUGUAAAUGGGCAAGUUGGGUUUAUUCUUCCAGCAAAAUGUAGAAUUACACCUUCCUAAGAUAAAGCAUGUAUUCUUCAGAGCAGUGUUUUAAGUAAAGGCUUUACUGUAAUAGGUGCUCAUUUUAAAGCUCGGUUUGUGAACAUCCAAAGCUCUAAAGCCCUAGAUAUUAUGGGUGAAAAUUGUAUCAUGGGAAUGGUCUAUUUAUAUACAGUGUUCACUGUGUGUAAAUUUCUAUAAGAAAUGGAAGGAAACUCUUCUGUAACACCAUAGAAAUCUUGUUUCAAGUCUGAAGAUGGGUUAUUGAUCCCAAAUUGUCAUUUUAACCAACCGUCUACAACUUGUAUGUUGAGUACCUUUUUCUGUGACUUAUCUGUACAGAAAUGGUGAUCCUGUUGGCAAAGGCAGUAGUGUGUGUGUGUGUAAUGUUUUAUAGGAGUUAGCAUUCUCUACCCUAAAUUGGCUUAGAGUCCUAUUUCAGUUAAGCCUCAUUGUGAUGUAUUUAUCUUGUUAUAGAAAAGCUGCCACUGUGUGGUAGAAAAUUAUUACUGCAAUGUUAUCAAUGUCUAAACCAAAAUGGGACCCAACAUAACAUUCUGAGAGAGAGGUUACACUUUUUCAUGCAAAAACAAAAUCUUUUUUCCUUUAAAGAGAAAUGCUGGUCUCUUUACAUUUGGGGGUGUGGUUUAAUUAUGUAUCACAUGUAAAUAUGGUGCUGCUUAGAUUCAGCGCAACGAAAAGACUCUUGAUAGGAGCUUGUACAUUUUUAUGUAAACUGUUAUAGUUUUGUGUCUUAGUAAAUUAAAUUAAAGUCUCUUGUUUGUAAUUUGUCUAAUAUUCUUUUGAUGAAAUUGUGGGAUUGAGAAGCUGUGAAAUAAAAUUUGUUUUGAUACAUA